AGACACACACCAUAAUGACACAUCUAUUGAUUUGUCACAAUAGCGCUGGAUAGUCAGCUGUUGGAUUUUUUCCUCGUGCUAUUCAACUGAAAUAUAAAUUUGACUGCUAUAACUAAAUAAAGAUAUUUUUUACUGUUUGCCAUGGGUAAUGCCGAUACUAAACUAAAUUUCAGGAAAGCUGUAGUUCAACUUACAACCAAAACCCAGCCAAUCGAUCCUUCCGAUGAAGCAUUUUGGUCCCAGUUUUGGUCAGAGAGCAUCACAAACAUCCAAGAUGUGUUUGCUCUAAUUCCUGCCACAGAAAUACGUGUUUUAAGGGAAGAAUGCCCAUCAAAUUUAGCCACAUUAUGUUACAAAGCAGUUGAAAGACUUGUACAUGCUGCAGAUUCAUCUUGUGCUACCCAACAAGAACACUGCACAGUUAUAAACUGUGUCCGGAUACUUACAAGGCUUCUCCCAUACAUUUUUGAGGACCCAGAUUGGAGAAGCUUCUUCUGGUCAAGUUUGCCAAGCAGCUCUAAGCAACAGUAUAAAAAUGACAGUGAAAAUCCAGAGGGUCAAGUGGAAGAAUCUGUUCCCCUAGCCCAAUCUCUUCUAAAUGCCCUUUGUGAUCUUCUGUUCUGUCCAGACUUCACAGUCUAUUCCAGUAAAAAAUUUGGACCAGACAAGCAUGAAGAUCUCCAUUCCAUAGAUAGCUGUGAAUUUAUUUGGGAAGCUGGUGUUGGGUUUGCUCAUGCUGCUCCACAUGAUCCACGCCUUGAUAACAACAGAAAUGAAAUUUUGAAGCUUUUAUUGACUUGUUUCAGUCAAGCUAUGUAUCAUCCACCUGGCAGCGAAAGUGAAGCUCCCAACAAAUGGGUUCAACACUUCACAUCACCGGAGAACCGCCAUGCACUACCCUUAUUUACAUCACUUUUGAAUGUCCUGUGUGCAUAUGACCCUGUUGGACUUGGUUUACCAUACAAUCAUCUACUGUUCACCGAUAGCCGUGAACCUUUGGUGGAAACAGCUCUACAACUUCUAAUAGUUACGCUUGAUUGGGACUCAUCAUCUCAGUGUUCCCAGUUGAAUGCGAUUGACGAGCAAAGUGGAAUGAUUCACGAAAAUUUGUUCAUCAAUUACUUAUCGCGUAUUCAUCGCGAAGAGGAUUUUGCCUUCAUGCUGCAUGGAUUCACCCGUCUUCUUAAAAAUCCGCUGAUUCAAACAUAUCUGCCUAAUUCCAAUAAAAAAGUCCAAAAUCAUCAAGAACUGCUCGUCUUCUUCUGGAAAGUCUGCGAUUUUAAUAAGAAAUUCCUGUAUUAUGUCCUGAAGUCGAGCGAUGUACUAGAUGUUUUAGUUCCUAUACUGUUUCAUCUGAAUGAUUCUCGUGCUGAUCAGUCGCGAGUUGGAUUGAUGCACAUAGGAGUUUUCAUCCUGCUUUUGCUGAGUGGUGAGCGUAAUUUUGGGGUUCGGCUGAAUAAACCCUAUACAGCGACCGUGCCCAUGGACAUUCCAGUGUUCACCGGAACGCAUGCUGAUUUGCUGGUGGUUGUAUUCCACAAGAUCAUUACUACGGGACAUCAACGUCUUCAGCCGUUGUUCGAUUGUCUUCUGACAAUUCUUGUUAAUGUAUCGCCCUAUCUGAAGACGCUAUCUAUGGUAGCAAGCACCAAACUUCUUCAUUUGCUGGAGGCUUUCAGCACACCGUGGUUUUUGUUUUCAGCCCCGAACAAUCACCAUUUGGUGUUCUUCCUUCUUGAGAUAUUCAACAACAUCAUACAGUACCAGUUUGAUGGGAACGCAAAUUUAGUCUAUACUAUCAUCCGAAAAAGACAUGUAUUUCACGCACUGGCCAGUUUGCCGACUGACUGCGGUACGAUUAAUCGCUCACUGUCGCGACGUGGCCGUAAACAGCUUGGACGUCAACCGUCUGUCGAGUCUGUUAAGGAUGCCCCGAGUAUGGAGGGUUCGCACCCAGCGUUGCCAGCCCAACCGGGAACACACACUUGCUCACUCGCCAUUAUGCCUGGGAUUGAGAAAAUCACAGAGCAAGAAACGGCACAUCCUUCGUUACACCAGCUCAGUCAAUUGACUGGCGCUGCCGUAGCAGCUAACGGUGCUUUGGAAAAUAUAACCGUCAGUCAUGAAAUAGAAGAUCGCGCCACAGCCCAUGCCCAUAGUGAGAAUGUCGAUGAAGACAGUAACUCAGAUGACAUAGAAAAGGAAUUCGUCGACCAGAGCGCUUUCCAUAAUGAACCCGUCAUACAAGAUGUACUGGAUAUCAAGCAACCGAUUUCUCCAACAAAUUCAAACAAAUCGUCGUAUUCCGAGAGUUCACAUCACGUUCCCCAUCCUCCCAGCUCUGCGUCACAGGUUGGCUUGCAAUGGGUGCCAAAUCCUGACUGGGUACUGAGCUGGAAGCAGAAAUUGCCCCUUCAAACUAUUAUGCGCCUGCUUCAGGUGUUAGUGCCCCAAGUGGAAAAGAUCUGUAUUGACAAGGGUCUUACGGAUGAGAGCGAAAUUCUCAAAUUUCUUCAGCAUGGUACGCUAGUCGGACUUUUACCUGUGCCCCAUCCAAUCUUGAUUCGAAAAUAUCAAGCAAAUAGUGGGACUUCAAUGUGGUUCCGUACCUACAUGUGGGGUAUCAUCUAUUUACGGAACGUCGACCCUCCUAUUUGGUACGAUACAGCAGUAAAAUUAUUCGAAAUCCAGCGGAUUUAACGAGGUAACUUGAAAACAAUAAUGUAUGUCCAUCACCAACGUUCGUAUAUAGUACCUAUAUACUGUACUCUGUAUGGAAAAUCUGCUAAUGUUUAAGAGCUUCUGUUGCAUCGUCAACAUUUAUGCAUUGCAUCUUGCUAAACCAAAAGAAAGUAUUCAUAUUUCAACAAGGUUCAGCUUUCGAGCAUUCGGCAAAAUAUUCUUGAAAUGAAAUAAAUUUUAUUGGUGGCGGACAAA